UGCAAAGCCUUGUGGGAAGGAUACCAACGUCCUUGUCUGACCAAGUGCGCACGGGAAGGCAAGGCUAGGGUCUCUGUCAAGUCAUUUGUACUUGAACAAAACAAAAAAAUUCCGACAUGAUGGCAGCAAGAUUUCUCCGUCGUUCUCUCCCGUUGCUGAAGCAAAGUCGUUGCUACGCCGAGGCUGCCUCCGGUGCGCAGCAGAUGUCCUUCACUUUUGCCUCUCCCACACAGGUGUUUUUCAAGGAGGCCAACGUGAAGCAGGUCGACGUGCCCACACUUACCGGUAUGUUUGGUAUACUCGCCUCCCACGUGCCGACCUUGCAGGUGCUUCGGCCUGGCGUUGUUACAGUCCUCAAUGACGAUGGCUCGGCUGUUAAAUACUUUGUGAGCAGUGGAUCGGUAACAGUCAACGCUGAUUCUUCAGUGCAGCUGCUAGCUGAGGAGGCUGUACCGCUAGACCAGCUGGACAUUGCUGCUGCCAAGGCAAACCUGGAGAAGGCCCAGGCGGAGCUGGUUGGUGUGUCCGAUGAAGCAGCGAGGGCAGAAGUUCUGAUCAACAUAGACGCCAAUGAGGCAAUUGUCAAGGCGUUGGAGUAAUUCUUCGGUACAGUCCACCAGUUAAUCUCUGUCGGAUACUAUUUAGUGGCCACUGAUUGUGCAAAGGAGUCAUUUGACGGCUAAUCACUUAUCACUUGGAUUGUUUGUUUGUGGCAACUGGUAAGAGAUUUUUUUCCCUUGCACUUUCAGGUCAUCUGAUUGCUUAUGUUAGUGGAAAUCUCUUUCCGGCAUCUCCAGCUGUCACACCAGUGUCCAGUGGAUUACAUGUUUCCUUUGUACAGUGGAAGAAAUCGCAAAAAUAAAUUUAUUUGGAAUUACUAGUGA